CUGGGCCGCGCCAUGCCUAAGGGGGCGCCGCGAUGGGCCAAGGGGACGAGAGCGAGCGCAUCGUGAUCAACGUGGGCGGCACGCGCCACCAGACGUACCGCUCGACGCUGCGCACGCUGCCCGGCACGCGGCUCGCCUGGCUGGCAGAGCCCGACGCCCACAGCCAUUUCGACUAUGACCCGCGCGCCGACGAGUUCUUUUUCGACCGCCACCCAGGCGUCUUCGCACACAUCCUGAACUACUACCGCACCGGCAAGCUGCACUGCCCCGCCGACGUGUGCGGGCCGCUCUAUGAAGAGGAGCUGGCCUUCUGGGGCAUCGACGAGACCGACGUGGAGCCCUGCUGCUGGAUGACUUACCGCCAGCAUCGCGACGCAGAGGAGGCGCUCGAUAGCUUUGGCGGCGCACCCCUUGACAACAGCGCCGACGACGCGGACGCCGACGGCCCCGGCGACUCAGGCGACGGUGAGGACGAGCUGGAGAUGACCAAGCGCCUGGCGCUUAGCGACUCCCCGGACGGCCGGCCAGGCGGCUUCUGGCGUCGCUGGCAGCCGCGCAUCUGGGCGCUCUUCGAGGACCCCUACUCCUCCCGCUACGCACGCUAUGUGGCCUUUGCCUCCCUCUUCUUCAUCCUGGUCUCCAUCACCACCUUCUGCCUGGAGACCCACGAGCGCUUCAACCCCAUCGUGAACAAGACAGAGAUCGAGAAUGUUCGGAACGGCACGCAAGUGCGCUACUACCGGGAAGCAGAGACGGAGGCCUUCCUCACCUACAUUGAGGGCGUCUGUGUGGUCUGGUUCACCUUCGAGUUCCUCAUGCGUGUCGUCUUCUGCCCCAACAAGGUAGAGUUCAUCAAGAACUCGCUCAACAUCAUUGACUUUGUGGCCAUCCUCCCCUUCUACCUGGAGGUGGGCCUAAGCGGCCUGUCCUCUAAGGCCGCCAAGGACGUCCUGGGCUUCCUGCGCGUUGUCCGCUUCGUGCGCAUCCUGCGCAUCUUCAAGCUGACCCGCCACUUUGUGGGCCUGCGGGUUCUGGGCCACACUCUCCGUGCCAGCACCAAUGAGUUCUUGCUGCUCAUCAUCUUCCUGGCCCUGGGCGUCCUGAUCUUCGCCACCAUGAUCUACUAUGCCGAGAGGAUAGGGGCCCAGCCCAAUGACCCCAGCGCCAGUGAGCACACCCACUUUAAGAACAUCCCCAUCGGCUUCUGGUGGGCCGUGGUCACCAUGACGACGCUGGGCUACGGAGAUAUGUACCCGCAGACGUGGUCCGGCAUGCUGGUGGGGGCGCUGUGCGCGCUGGCGGGCGUGCUCACCAUCGCCAUGCCUGUGCCCGUCAUCGUGAACAAUUUUGGGAUGUAUUACUCCUUAGCCAUGGCUAAGCAGAAACUACCAAAGAAAAAAAAGAAGCAUAUUCCACGGCCACCGCAGCUGGGAUCUCCCAAUUAUUGUAAAUCUGUCGUAAACUCUCCACACCACAGUACUCAGAGUGACACAUGCCCGCUGGCCCAGGAAGAAAUUUUAGAAAUUAACAGAGCAGAUUCCAAACUGAAUGGGGAGGUGGCGAAGGCCGCGCUGGCGAACGAAGACUGCCCCCACAUAGACCAGGCCCUCACUCCUGAUGAGGGCCUGCCCUUUACUCGCUCGGGCACCCGCGAGAGAUACGGACCCUGCUUCCUCUUAUCAACCGGGGAGUACGCGUGCCCACCUGGUGGAGGAAUGAGAAAGGAUCUUUGCAAAGAAAGCCCUGUCAUUGCUAAGUAUAUGCCGACAGAGGCUGUGAGAGUGACUUGACCAGGCGGCUUGGCCGAGGACACUGGUGGCUAUUAAGCAUCUGGGUGGACCAGCAGCCCCUCCUCACCCUCGGACAGAGUAAAUUCACGCCAUGCAGGUUUGCCGGACGAGUCCGAGUGGCCCAGGUCUUGUACUAGGACGGACGUAGCUUUUUCUACGGCCAAAUGGUAACUGACCGUAGAGGAUUUCUUUUCCUUCUUUUCUUUCUUUCUCUCUCUCUCUUUUUUUUUUUUUUUUUUACAUUUUAUUUUAUUCGGGGAGGGAGGAGGAGGGGUUCCUUAGCAUGACUUGCAUGAAGUUAAACAGAAAAUCCAGCAAACCAAACCCACCAACCCCCUGCAACUGUAACAAUCACCCUAAACAACAACAACAAGAAAAAAAAAAAAGCAAAAGUCCUCUAUUUUCUUUCAAAGCUCUUUACUUUUACACACGUUGCUGGAGCCAGACUGUAAUGGCGUUUGGUAGAAACCUGUACGUUUCUGGGAGCGGGGGGUGGGGGUGGGGAUGGGGAUGGGGAAUGGACGGCUUCCCUUUUUGUACACGAGCUCGAGAGUCAAGGUUCCAAAAAGGGCAGUCGGUCAGUCAUCGGUCAUAUUGACCUCACCUUCAUAGCGCAUCUCUCACGCGGAAACUGAGAACUUUGCUCCAAAUAGAAUUGUGGAAACGCGCACUGCUGCUUUCCUCCCUCUGUCUGGCAUGCUUGUGACCCAGCGGACGUCUCCCCAAGACCCCUGACAGCGGCUAGUCUAGGUUGAUUCUAUCAUCUUCUUGGUGUGUAGAUCCAGUGUGACCAGCUCUCAUAACAAGUUGUUCAUAGUAAAUAAUCCACACCGUACGGAUCUUCCGAGUGUUACUUUAGAGCACCAAAAGAUCAGGACCACGGGAGGGGCGGCCCUCCUCCACCUUUAUUAAGGCACAACCUGGCAUUGUAUGCAAUUUAGUACUUCAGAGUAAAAAACUGCAUGCCCAAUGUUAUGCAAAGCGAUUCUAGCAUGAAAUAAAUUUUGUAUUAUGGUUUCUGUAUAGUCUAAAGCAGAUUUGUUUUCCUGAAGCAAUUGGAGGUUUGCAGAGACCCACUUCUGCAUCUUGAAUAAAUAUAGUAUUUUCCCAACAGAAACAGAGGACAGUAGCUUGGCUUUGAUCUGAUUCUAAAAUUAGUGGUGGGGUGGGGGGUGGGGAAGGAUGAUAUUUUUGAAAAACACAUGCUUGAGUUGAAAAAAAAUGCAACAUCUCGAGCUUUCACUGCAGCUCGCAACAUUUCCUGGAAAGAGAGCAAUGCUGCUUUAGCUCAACACCCUCCCCUCCUUGGGCCCUGGCCCUCAAUAAUAAAAAGCUGACUUUUGAGAU